AUGCUGAGCUUUUUCCGUCGGACCCUUGGACGGCGGUCCAUGCGGAAGCAUGCAGAGAAGGAGCGGCUGAGAGAGGCCCAGAGAGCUGCAACCCACAUCCCUGCGGCUGGGGACGCAAAGUCCAUCAUUACCUGCCGAGUAGCGCUGCUGGAUGGAACCGAUGUCAGCGUGGACUUACCGAAAAAAGCCAAAGGCCAGCUUCUGUUUGAACAGAUCAUGUAUCAUCUGGACCUUAUAGAAAGCGACUACUUUGGACUAAGGUUCAUGGAUUCCGCACAAGUGGCGCAUUGGUUGGACAACACAAAAAGCAUUAAAAAGCAAGUUAAAAUUGGCCCACCCUAUUGUCUGCAUUUUCGUGUAAAGUUUUACUCAUCAGAGCCCAACAAUCUACGUGAAGAACUAACAAGGUAUUUAUUUGUUCUGCAGCUAAAACUGGAUAUUCUUAGUGGAAAAUUGGAGUGUCCUUUUGACACCGCCGUCCAGUUGGCAGCUUAUAACAUGCAAGCUGAACUUGGAGACUAUGAUCCUUCUGAACAUGUCCCUGAACUGGUGUCUGAGUUCAGGUUUGUUCCCACUCAGACUGAAGAGAUGGAACUAGCCAUUUUUGAGAAGUGGAAAGAAUGCAGGGGGCAAACACCAGCACAGGCUGAAACUAACUACUUAAACAAAGCUAAGUGGCUGGAAAUGUAUGGUGUAGACAUGCACAUAGUCAAGGCAAGAGAUGGCAAUGAUUACAGCCUGGGACUAACACCUACAGGAGUUCUUGUGUUUGAAGGAGACACAAAGAUUGGUUUGUUUUUCUGGCCAAAGAUAACAAGGCUUGACUUCAAGAAGAACAAACUCACACUAGUUGUUGUUGAAGAUGAUGAACAGGGAAAGGAGCAGGAGCACACUUUUGUCUUUAGACUGGAUCAUCCCAAAGCCUGCAAACACUUGUGGAAAUGUGCAGUGGAACAUCACGCCUUCUUCCGGCUCCGAGGUCCUGUCCAAAAAAGCUCAAGUCGAUCAGGCUUCAUUCGGUUAGGAUCCCGGUUCCGAUACAGUGGGAAAACAGAAUAUCAAACCACCAAGACCAAUAAAGCCAGGAGAUCAGCAUCCUUUGAAAGGAGACCUAGCAAGAGAUAUUCAAGACGAACACUACAAAUGAAAGCACAUUCUGCUAAACUUGAAGAAACAAGUACUGCAAACAAUGCUGUUAUCAACCAAACUAAUGGAUCACAAAGCUGGAAUGCAAAGCCAAACCUACCUGUCCUUACAGCGAUUCCUUCUGCCCCAGUCUUAGUGGAAAUAGAAAACCUCCCAAGGAGUCCAGGAGCCAGCCAGCAAGACAAGAAGUGUGUACCUCUUGUUGACUUGCUAGACAGCACGGAGUUGCCAGAAACUUGCAUAGAUGAUGCCGUGGGCCGUCCAGUUGUUGGCUUGGCAACAGGAGAUUCAGAAGAGGCUGCUAGUUGCCCUCACUCUGGCACAAAAGAAACUGCUGCUGAAAAAACAGACUCUGAUCCAUUUGAAGACGCGUUCCUGAAAUUGAAGCAGCUGGAGACAGAGUGCAGCAGCCCUGUGCCAACUGAGCGUCCCAACAUAAACAUAAACAUACAGGAUGAAGUGGUAAAGUUGACAGAUAAAUGUCUUAACAAUGCAAUUGAGAGCCCAAUUGUAGCAGCAACGUGGCUUCCAGCAGAUAUCAAGAGCAAUAUCCUGAAGGCCCAGGCAGAAGCAGGGCACAAGGUCAUAAUAGAAGAUAGCCUGAAAGGUGUCAAGAAUUCCAGUACUCAGGAUGCUGCUGCCAGGAACAUUCCCUCAUCAGGCAAAACACAGAGUAGUUCCCCAGCAACCAGUCCAGUAUUUCAAGACCCAAGAGAGCUGCUGAAAGCAAUCCCUGCCUCAAACACCUUUAUUCCUAAUGCAUUGAAUGAGGACAAUGCUGCCUCCAGCCACGAGGACCUGCUGAUUCCAGCUAAUCCGGCUCCAGCUGAGGAGGCUGCUGUUUCAAAGAGCACUCCAGAUGACCGGGAUGUUUCCUUAACCUCAUUGACAGAGAAUCUAAUUGACUUUACAGAAGCCACACCUCGGGUGUCUUCCCAGCCCACGAUAACACCAAGGUGGAUAGUGCCAACUGGACUGAUUUCCAAUGGGCCUUUGGGAAACGAUGUUGCCUUGGGUGUGAAGGCAGUGAAAGGCAGCAUGGAGACCCUGUUGUCAUCAGCUGGAUUGCCACCAGCCCAGCAGACACCUGAAGUCCCUGCAAGCCCAGUUACUGAGGAUGCUACAGUAAGAAUGAAAUGUUUACUCACCACUGAACUUUAG